ACACGGCCAAGUGCAGCGGCACGAUCCUCCACGCGCAGUCGCGCGAGUUCCCUGCACCGGUGCUUCAGCUAUAUAGUUUUAGUUGCGACUCUAAAUCCGAGAUGGAUGUCGAGCAGAUGGGUCCUCAAACCUUCCUCUACGGUUGUGAACUGAAAGAAGGAAAGGAGGUCACGUUUAACCCUGAAGAUGAUGACUUUGAACAUCAGUUAUCAGUCAGGAUGGCAUGUGUGGAUCCAUCAACAAAAGAGGAGCUGAACAUUGUGGAGGUCGAGGGACAGGACGCUGAGGGUCAGAAGGUCAAAGCCGUGCUCGCCACGCUCAAGCCAUCCACCCUGCCAAGCGUGUGCCUGGGUGGGUUUGAGAUUAGCCCACCUGUCGUUUUCCGUCUGCGGUCUGGGUCUGGUCCAAUUCACAUCAGCGGGCAGCACCUUGUCAUAAUGGAAGGAGAUCAGUCGUUUGAUGAAGAUGAUGAGGAAGAUGUGCCUGAGAUGAAGAUUUCCUUAAAGAGAGCAGCUCCCUCAAAUAUGAAGUCUUCAAAAAAGAUGAAGAUGGAUGAUGAUGAGGAGGAGGAUGAGGAAGAGGAUGACGAUGACGAUGAGGAUGAGGAUGACGAUGAGGAGGACGAUGAGGAGGAUGAAGAGAGUGAAGAGGAGACACCUGUAAAGGCCAAGAAGCCCCAAGCAAAACCCCAGACUCCUUCCCAAAAUGGCAAAGGGCCCAAACCCAACACGCCAGCUGCUAAAGAGAACAAGACACCGGUUUCUGGAAAGAAGGGUGAGAAGAAACCACAGACCCCCAAAAACGCAACCACUCCCAAAAGCCCGAAGACCCCAAAAACCCCACAAGCGCCUCUCACUGUUCCAGAAAUGAAGGCCAAGAUGAUGGCUAGCGUGGAGAAGGGAGUGUCGCUGCCAAAACUUCAACCCAAGUUUGAAAACUACGUGAAGAAUGGGUUUAAAGUAACCGAUGCGAAGAUAGUUGAUGAGCUAUGGAAGUGGAGACAGACACUGAAGGAAAAGAACUGAGUCAACAUUUUAUUCAGUUAAAUUAUCGGCCCAUCUUUUUCUUCUUUUAUGUUAAAACUCCAUUUGAGUUCCACUGUAAAAUCAUUUUUUACAUUUCCUUUAAAAGUGACUUUAUUCUGACUAGGUUUCUGUUGCGUGAGGCUGCUGGGGUUGGCUUAGUGACGGGGGUGGGGGGUUUGUUUUGGAAGGAUCACUCUGGUUUUGGAUCGUGUCUUACUUUCUACUUCGUUUCCAAAACUGCCAGCUUCUGGUUAUUCAGAGGCCACAUGUGAUUCCUGUCACGUUAAAGCUGCCGUCAAGAGUGACGCAUUGGCCGAGCUGUCUUUAAUGCUCUUAUAGACAGUGCAGUUAAUCCGGGUUCUUCCUGAACAUUUCAGGGUUGUGUGCAUCUUACGCAUGAUUUGAUCUGUACUCGGCUCCGCUUGUAAUGUACCAGAGGUUGAAGUACACCUGAGGAAAACGAUUCUGUCUUCUGUGUAUAUGUGGACGGCUGGUGUCUCCUACCCUCUUGCUGUGAAAUAAGACGUUUUACUGCACAAGAAUAAAGGGUUUUUGUUUUUUUGAAAAAAAAUAA